GUCAAUUUUGCGCCCCCACUUCAAUCGGCGCCCGCGGCACGUGCCGUCUUGCUCCCCUUGUUACGCUUCUGGGACUAGUAUCUUUUAGUUCAUUGACUAUGUUCUGAUGAUUUUGGUCAAUUGACGUCUCGCGUACUGUGACAUAUUCUUGCAUUGAAGAAAUUCUUUUACAUCGCCAGGAAUAACAGCAGUGAACGAGGCUCGAAGGAGAGACAAAAAGGUUAAACACGGGAUGAGGAACAAAUGACAUUACUCCACCGAGCUAUGUCAGUUUUUAGUUAAUUAAAUUUCUCACUGUUGGACAAUUACCUGUUAUCUGCAUUUCGGUAAGGUAAAUGGGUGGGGAAUGUUUAAUGUCUUACAUAGAAGAUACGAAUGAGAAUUAAUAAAUUCAGGUAUUUAAUUUGUGUGAGCUUUAGCCUUUAACAUGAAGUUAAGGAAACACAGGAUGAAAAAUAGAUGAGAUUCCUAAGUGUGACAUGCAAAAUGUCCGGGAGCAAAAUAAGCUAACAUGGAAUAGAACACCUAUAUUAAUUGGAUAAUAAUUUACGAAGGAAAUAAUUUCUCAAACACCGCUUUUUUGUCCUUUUAAAAUAACUUCCGGUGUUAACACGUGUGAUUGGACGAAUAGGCUUUUUUAUUUUUAGGUAUUUUAUUUAUUUUACUUUGGUUAAAAUUUUCAUCUUCCGGAUGGAGUCUUCAGGAAGUGAACAUUUUGAUUUGAAUGUGGAACCAGUAGAAACCAGUGACUGUGAAGGGCAAAGAUGUCGUUUGGGCUCAACGCUUUGUGCUUCCCUUGGAGUGGAACUUGGUUCAUUUGUAAGAAUAACAACACCUAAAAUUUCUGCAAUAUGUAGUGUCUGGCCGAGACCUGAGGACCAGGAUGGUGUAUUGCAGUUCAGUGAAUUAGUUACUCGCGAUUGUUUUAAGACAACCAAAGUAUUUGAUGGUAUACCUCAUAUUGAUGUACUCUCUACAGCAAAUGCCAAAUCGACAGAAAUUAGUAUAAUUGCAAAAGACAUUAAUAGUUUUGAAAAAUUAAAACACAUGCAUCGACAUUCUGUAUGUCUUCAGGAAUACUGUCGCAGCUGUUUACAUUUUGUAGGCAUUGGUGUUAAUGUCAAAGUUAAUUUGAGUAAAUCAGAUGUUGGUUGCAAGUAUGGAAUGUCUUAUAUAAUAGUUCAUUCUAUUAAACCAGAAACUACUGAUGUUGCCAUUGUGAGUAAAGCAACUAAAGUUCGCAUCCGUGAUGUUAUUACUGAAGAGAAAUAUAAACAAAGGCUGAAUAAACCAAAUAUAGUUCUUGGUGGCUUAGAAGAACCAGCAGAAUCUCUUAAAGAAAUUGUAAGACUUCCCAUGAUACUGAAGGAAAAUCCCAACUUCAGAGGUGCUGAAUUGCCCCGUGGAGUGCUACUUCAUGGUCCUCCUGGUUGUGGUAAAACAACCCUUGUCAAAUACGUUGCUGUUGAAUGUGAUGCCCAUUUGGUGACUGUCAAUGGUCCUGAGCUAUUGUCCUCUCAACCCGGUGAAAGUGAGCAGAAUCUCAAAACAGUUUUUGAAUUAGCAACUCGGAUUGGUAAGACAGAUGGUUGCAUUUUAUUCUUUGAUGAAAUUGACUCGCUGUGCCCUAAACAAGAUUAUUCAUCAAAAAGUACAAAGCUAACAGCCCAACUAGGAUUACUUAUGGACAGCAUAGAAAAUGAUAGUGGUCUUGUGGUGGUGGCUGCCAGUAAUCAGCCAGCAGCUAUUGAUCCCACUAUUCGACGCCCUGGAAGAUUUGAUCGAGAGGUCCUACUGAGUAUCCCCACCAUGAAACAGAGAGAGAAGAUUUUGGCAGCACAUUUGAAGAAGAUGCCAGUAGCUGUUGAUGUUAAUCUCGGUGAAUUAGCUGAAGUGACGACGGGAUACUCUGGAGCAGAUCUUGCUUUGUUAUGCAGAGAAGCUGCUUACAUUGCUCUAUCUGAAUACCAAACAGCACCAGUAGAUUCAACUCCUGUACCCUUGAAGAAAUCUCAUUUUCAAACAGUACUUAAAAAAAUCAUGCCAUCUCUAACAAAAGGAAACGAGAUAACUUUAGAUUCCAAGCCAAUUGCAUGGGAUGAUAUAGGUGGACUGGAAGAUGUAAAGCAUGAAAUUCAGCAGACGAUAGAAUGGCCUUUGAAGUAUGCAGAAAAAUUUCAGAAACUGAAGUUAACAUAUCCUCAUGGUGUGCUUUUAAUUGGUCCACCUGGUUGUUGUAAAACAACGUUAGUCACCACAGCAGCUAAUGCAACUAAUACAGUAUUCAUGUCACUUACAAGUGCUCAGCUUUAUUCUCCUUAUGUAGGACAUUCAGAGACACUCCUGACAGAGUUAUUUAUGAGAGCACGGGCCUGUGCACCAGCUAUCAUCUUUCUUGAUGAACUGGAUGCAUGUUUUGGUAAGCGAUCAGAGAGUGGAUCUGGAGAUGGCUGUAGCAUAAAAGACCGUUUAUUGUCCACUUUACUCAAUCAAAUGGAUGGCAUUGGUGUGAAAUUGGAUGAUGUUCAAUAUUCAAAUGCAACUUCUACUGUACAACCUAUUACCUCAACUACAAAUACAGACGUACCUAUUAAUCCGGUUUAUAACAAGCCCUUUGUGAUUGUUGUUGCUGCAACUAACAGGCCUGAAUUAAUUGAUGAAGCUCUUUUGAGACCCGGUCGUUUUGACAAAAUCAUUUAUGUUCCUCCUCCUGAUGAAAUGAGUAGAUUAGAAAUCUUACAGAUUUACACACGUAAGAUGAAACUUAGUGGUGUUGAUCUGGAAGUUCUGGCAAAACAAACGGUGAAUUUCACUGGAGCGGAUAUAUGUAAUCUUUGUCAACAGGCUGCUUUGCUUGCAGUUCAGGAAGAAGGAUUCUCUGUGAAGACAGUCACCAUGCAGAAUUUUUUAGAUGCACUCAAUACCCGUGGUUCAUCUCUGUCUGAACAUUUCAUUCGCCAGUAUGAAGAAACAAAGACUAAAUUUGCUCGACUCACUGGGAAACACAAACAUUUAUAAAAUUCCCAUCAAUCAGAGAGAAAGAAAAGAGAAAAAAUAAUGCAAGAAUGAAAUGUGUUCAUGCAGAGUAUUUUGUGGUCUAAUAGAGAAUAUUUGAGUUUCCGUAGAUUUAAAAUGCAUAUUGCAAUCGUAUUAACAUAUCAAUUCUCUAUUACCAUAUUUAAUUAGGCUUGACAGUCUAAUUUCUCUUUCCAUCAUUUAAUAUAUAUUUUUUUAAUGUUUUCUAUUUAGAAUUGAUAUCAAUUCAUUGUUUCAUUUUCUUUAUGUUACUGCUGGAACAUUUUAUUAAUUUUGUAGCUCAUAUCUAAACUGAUUUUUAUUUUUUUAUUUUCGUAGUUGUUAUUGCAAUUCUUGUUUACGAAAUGGUAAAGUUGGUAUAGCUUGUAGUGUUAAAUUUAAAUACUUUUUGGUACCUAUUUCAAGAUUCAAAUCCUGGUGAGGUCAGCUUUUAAUUUCCAUCCCUAGUGGUUAGGGCAAUGUACUCUUGAUUGUAAGAUUGUGGUUUUGAUCCCUGGACCAGGUGCUGGUUUGUGUACUUGAGCAUACUUCAUUUCAUGUUGCUCAAGUUUGCUCAGCUGUGAACGAGUUCCAGCAAUAGCUGGGAAUUUAACCCUGUGAUGAAUCAACAUUCCGUUCAGCUUCAACAGGAAUUGUUGUAAUCUCAGCCACUUAUACACCUUAGAAACCGAGUUAAACCCUAUCCACAUGAGCCCUAGAGCUCCUGACAAAUUGAAGAAGAUGGAUGAAAAAUUUCUGUGAUUUUCUUUUGAUUUUGGUAAUUGUGUAUUUUGUUGUAGAUUCAUUGUAAUUUAUGUUUUUUUUUUUCUGUAAACGAUUUUUAUAAAAACUUUGGUAUAUACCUUUUUUGCAAGUACAGUUUACACAAGCCAUCUUUUAAACAAGUUUUAAUAAUAUUUUUUGCUGACGUUUAUGCCAAAUCCAGUUUGAUACUGGAUCGAUGGUGAGCAGAUACUCUUUUGAAUGAGAUUGUAGUUCAGAAGGGCAGAGACCAUUGUAGUUGUGAUAAGAUGAACUGAUACAUCUGCAAGAUUGCAAUGUGUAGCCAACCAAGUUGACUGGUCCUCUACAGUCUGGACAGUUUAUGACUGGUAUUGUGUGUUUAGAUGUUGAGAUUGCAUGUGCAAAAGAUUAAGGGGACGUGAAAAGUGAUAUAGUUUGUAUAAGAGUGUUGUGUUUGAGGGGAUUGCAUGUCAGUCGUUAAUGUGGAGAAGGAGGGUGAAAGACGUUACCAAAUCCUUGGGCACUCAGAGAUGAUGAAAUGCAGGUUGGAGAGAGCUUUAUCAAUGUACAGGUGUGGAUUUCUUUUCUACUCUAGGCACAAGGCCUUAAAUUUUUUGGGGCCAGUCGAUUAGUUCGACUCCAGUAUGCAACUGGUAUUUAAUUUAUCAACCCCAAAAGGAUGAAAGGCAAAAUCAACCUCGGCAGAAUUUGAACUCAGAAAAUUAAGCAGACGAAAUACUGCUAAGCAUUUCAUCCGGCAUGCUACCAGCUUGCUGCCUUACAGGUGUGGAUUUCUGAUCCAGAAUGGGAGAUAACAGAGUCCAUAAAUGAGCAUUUUAGAUGAACAGUUCUCAUUCCAGCCAUGAUUCAAAGUUUUGCUGAUGUCAAGAAGGAUAACAUUACUCUGGUCUAAGUUCUGAAGUACAAGUGAUUUUUGAAGCACUUGGGGGCAAGUAUGGUUUUGUAAAGAAAUUUGCUUUGCAACUAUUUAGUUUCAGAGUUGAUGUUACUGCAUGGUGCUUUGACCUUACGUUUUCUACUAUAGCCACUUAUUGACCAAUUACCUGGGGUGUGGAAUCUGGUAGACAAAAACUGCGGAAGAAGCCAUUUAUAUAUGUGUAAAAGUUUUAUCUUAAAGCCAUUAUAUGUCUGGGAAGAAUUUAGAGACAUAUUUGUGCAACUCUCACUGCUAGAAAUUCAAUAACCCAGUGAUUUGUUCUGUAAUCCGUGACACUGUUCACCAAUCGUUGUAGAAAAUCUAAUCAAACUGCCUGUAGAUCUGUUUGAUUAGAUUUUCUAGUGUUUGCUGCAGGGUGAAGGAGAAGGUGAAUGUUUACAAUGGUUUCCAUUUCAUUUGAAAUGUGGAGUUGAUAGUAUUAGAUCAGUAAGUGACUGGAGAAGAAAGGUUGCAGCACUAAUGCAUUGCAAAACUGUUAGGUUUCUAAAAUUCAGGAUUGAUUCUGGAGACCUGAUUAAAGAAUUUGGUACAGAUUUCUUAGGCCUCUCUAGCUAGUUUGUUUCUCUAACUAUGAUCAUGAUAUUAAAUCUCUCAUUAAAUAUACAGUGCUUCAGCAGUGAACUCUAGCAGUUUGAGUGUCAAUCAAACUAUCUGUAUCUAUAAAGAGUUCAUAGUAUAUGGCUUAGACUAGCUUGCAGUGACUAUCAAAAGAAAUUUACUUUUAAUCGUUGCAAAAGUGUUUUGUCUUGGAACAGCAAUAUCUCGAUCAUAGGUUGCAUAUUGUGAACAGAACAGUACUGCUCCAACAAAAUAUAGGCAAUGAACUAGGAUCCUUUGUACCUCCUGAAUAUGGAUAUAGGGAAAAAAAAAAAAAGAAUGUGUGUCUGUUUUGCUAAAAGGAAAGUAUUAUGUAAAUGGACUAAAUAUGAACUUGGUGGUGAAUUCCAAUUACUAUUGAAUUUUGAGAUGUAUACACACACACACGCAACACACACACACACACACACACACACACAUAUGUACUCACUGUAUUUGAUGACACAUAAGAUGCACUGUUCCAAAAAUAUGUCUUGAAAAAAAACACCCUAGGUCCUUAUGCAAGAGUGAGCCUCCCAUAAGCUAAUUUCACCCUUGACCCUCACUUUUUUUUUAAUAUGUGCUGCUGAAAUUGGGGUGCCUCUUUUCUGCCAUCAAAUAUGGUAUAUGAUAUGAAAUAGAAUAAACAUUUAUGAUCAGAUGUAUGUUAUCAUAAAUGUUUGUUUGCCAAAUAUUUGCAGUAAGGACAUAUGAUUCUUUUCUAAUUGAACCUCUAAACAUUGUUAAAUCUUUGAUUCUUGAUCAUUUAUCUAAAUAUCUAAUUGUCCAUUAACCUGUGCCAUUAUAUUUUCCCAUCAUGCAUCUCAUCUAUGUCAUAAUUGUUCUCUCAUAUUGCUCAUUACAGAUAAAAUUUUACUGCAUAAUCUCAUUUGCUAAUUUUUUGACUAAUAUGUCACUGUCCAGCUCUUAAACCUCUUAGUUAAUGAAUACUAAACGACCUGCAACUUUAAAAAAUUCCUUUUGUAUAUUACUGUUUUUCCUGUCUCAGAAUUGAUCUCUACUGCUGACAUAUUUGUUCCAGCAAAGAUAACUUUCAUUCAUCAGUAUUCCUUGUCCUUCAAUCUCUGUGAUACUUCUAUCUUUCCAUUGUUAACGAAGGCAAGUGGAUCUAAAUAUUUUCCAAUAAACUCCCAGUGACACUCAUAAUACUAGGUAUUUCAUAUCUCAAUUACAUCAAACAUUGUCAAAACUUUUUUGUUGUCUUUAUUUUAUAUUUAAUUUCUUGCCAACCUUUUUUCUCAUUCCUUAACUGACCCAUCGCCAUCCAAAAACUGAUCAGAGAUUUACAGCCAGACAUCUCUAAGAAUCAUUCAGCUGCAUUAUAUAUAUUCUCUAAUUCUUUAUCAUUUAAUGUUCAUCUGUACUUUAUGCUUAAGACUCUGUUUAUGUUAAAUUUGACUUUACUGCAUUCGUGAAAACUGCAUCACCCUAGGAUAAUCUUUGUAUUUCAUAAUUCUUUGUUGCUCUGGUCAGGACAAAAUGCAUGUGGAAUGUGACCAGCUGGCUGGCUGGGUUCCUGCGUUUUGUUUUAUAAUGGUAAAAUUUGUUAUACCAAAAGUUAUAGUUUCAUUGCAUUCCUGACACAAGGAGGAGCCAUGAUAACAUUGGUUGUGGUCAUGUUUGGAGAGUUCUUACUAGUGUAUUAUGACUCAAAUCCUUGUCUGUUAAUCUUACUUGUGGGUGGAUGAGGUAGUGGCUAUUAUACUGUUAAUAAUGCAAUUCUAUCAUUUCAUUAACUAUCUCUAUUAGAGUACAGUAUGAUUAUUAUGGUACCAUAAUAAUCAUACUGUUAUUUUCCCAGAUUUACAUAAGAGUGAAUUUUUUGAAGCUGUAAUUCUAUUAAUUACGAGCUUUCAUGACACUCAAACAAUUUCACUUCAGACUGAUUGUUUUUCUGAAUGGACCAGUUGCUAUGAUGAAUGGAACAUUGGUAGGUAAGGGUGGGAGAAAUUUGAGACAGGAAUAGAGAACAGUAAUAUUAAAUUUCUUCAACGAAUGGUGGAACAUGAACUUAUACAUGAUUGGAAAAUACUAUUUAUUAAUGAUGUUACUUGUGUAUGUCAUAAAAUGAAAAAUAUAAAGUAUUCAUAAAUAAA